UAGAACAAAUGAGAAAUAGAUGAAAAGGGAAAGAGAAGACUUGACCAGGGAGCAAGAGUACUACCAGAACCUUAAACGUUCAGAAAAAAAAAGUUUGUUCAUUUAGUACUACUACACAGAGGAACACAGAAUCACCGUUCCUGGUUCUGUAACCAUGCCAAGGGUUUCGGCCAACCCCUCUUCCUCACGCUUUUUCUCCAUGGCUUCCACCGUCAGAGCCUACACGCUCCCUAUUAUUCUCUUCGCCGGAGCCAUGUACUACCAGCUCUUCGUUAUUCCCAAUGCCUUCCCUCGUUCUCAUUACGACGUUUUGCAAAUUGAGAGCUAUAGUUCUGUUGACAAAGUGAAGGAGGCUUACGAGAACCUUGAAUCUAAAAUGAAUUCUGCGGAGGAAGCUUUUGAUACUCACAAGUUUUUAAAGGUAAUUGAGGGGUCAUUUAUCAGCUAUCUUGUCUAUCAGUCAAAUUGCUGUAUGGUGCACAAAAUCCUCCUAAGAACAAAAUUCUCCUAAGGUGAUAGUGACUUUGGUAUUAUGAGGUGCUCAAAUCCCACAUCAAGUAAUAUGGGAGGUUCGGUGGAGUAUCAAGUGCUUGGUUCUUCCCCCUUAAUAACUAGCUUUUGAGGGUAGAUUCUCCAAGUACUUUGUGGUACUCAUCAAUCAUAUGGCUUUAAGACCACCCUGAUAUGAUAAAGGAUCAUUGCACUUGGUUUACACUUUGGCCAAAUCUAGUUUUAACUUUUAUGUUUAUUGUGUUGGUUUCAUGAUUCAAUUUGUUCUCAGGACUAUUUUGAUUCACAUUAUAUAAAUUAUACUUAAUACUUCCAAACAGAGACCGUUGAAUUUAUUUGAAUGAAUCCCAUCAACAUAGUUUUAAGGAUACAAAUCUGCUUAAUCAGAGAUCAACAUCUACUACCUUGACGUUGAACUGCACCUGCCUUAAUGUGGUUUUGCAAACAGUGUUGGAAUGAUGUGACUAGAGGAAACUUUGUUUAUAUACGUGAGUUUCAAAUAUAUAGUUGAAGUAUGGUCUUUCUAUUGAAGUUAGCCUAGUGGGAAUUGGUGAAUAGGAAGAACCAUGGCUUUUCAAUUAGAUUGAAUUCUGCAUACAAAAUUUGAUUGUCGUUGUUGGUAUUGGUAUCUAGAGGGAGUCCCCCUGCAGGUAGAUGAUAUUCAGGCCAAUGAAGUGUUGAAGUUAGAUAUCUUAUUGUAACUUGUAGUUCAAGUUCGAACACCAUUUAGUUUUUCCCUUUUCAUGGAGGUUGAACCUUACCAUGCUAUGUGUUGACACUCUUACAUCGAUUAGAGAUAAGACCAAUUUAAAAUAUAUAAGUAUAAAC